AUGCGAUCGCCUCAAGAACUUGAGUCAACCAAAAUUGAAUCAAGUGCAAACACAUCAAGAAUGGAAAGUACUCCUGAAGUGGUUGUUAUCGAAUCAAAUGAUGGAGACGACGUUGCAGCAGCCGUUGAUGGUGGUAGAGAAAAGGCCAACAUAGUCAGCACUGAAGAAUCUACUCCAUAUGCUAAAAGGAAAAGAAAGAAGACUUCAGGAGUUUGGGAACAAUUUCGCUUGGUGAAGUUGGCUAAUGGAACUGAAGUUUGUGAGUGCAUCCAUUGUGGUGAGAAGAUAAAGAAACUAAAAGAUGGAACCACCACAUCAUUGCAUAGGCAUAUUAGUGAUUACCCAAAGUUAAGAGUCGUCAACACCAUUCAUCCAGGUCAGUUAAAGUUAAAGGUUGUGUCGGGGAAAUUAGAUUCUUCUGUAGUCCAAAACUGGAAAUUUGACAAUAGUAGUUUAGAGAGGUUGUUUCUCACAUUUAAUUUUGUUGAGUAUGAACUAUUUAAUGCGGUUAUGAAGGAAGCUAACCUCGGGUUUAACAAGAUUUCACUUGCAUCGGCUAAGCAAGAUUGUGUUGCUAGUUAUGAGAUAGGCAAGAAAAGAAUCAAGAAAAUGUUAAUCGUUGUCAAUCGUGUGAGUACAACAACUGAUAUGUGGACAUCGGUGCAGAAUAUUCAUUAUAUGGUUGUUACUUGUCAUUUUGUAGAUUCCGAUUUCAAGCUUAACAAAUGCAUAUUGAGUUUUGUUGAUGUACCACCACCUUAUUAUGGACUAUGUAUACAUGAUUCCCUCUUUAAGUGUUUAAAAGAGUGGAAUAUUGAGACAAAGGUUGCUACUUUGACGGUUGUCAAUGCUACAACUAAUGAUGUGGUGGCUACAAUGUUGAUGGAAAUUAUGAAUCUUCAGAAAAAGCUUGUUGUUGGGGGGAAGUUAUUCCAUGUGCGGUGUUGUGCACAUAUUCUCAACUUGUUGGUUCAAGAUGGUUUAUCGGAAAUAAAAGACAUUAUUCACAAUGUUCGUGAGAGUGUGAAACACGUGAAUGCCUCUCCAGAUCCUAGAUACAAGAUGAAGUUGGUUGAGUUCUCUUUUAGUUCCAUUUAUUCAGUGGAAGAGGCACCUAAACAAAUGAAAAUUGUUCAAGAUACUCUUACUAAAAUGUUUGAAGAGUAUGUUGAACAACAUAAAGCUGCUAAUGUUGUUCAAAUGAGUAGUGCACCUGACAAGAGUGAAAGUGGAGUUAAGAGUGGUUAUAACAAGUUAAGUUCUAGAAUUGGUAUCAAGAGUGACACGACAAAGUAUGAUCAACAUAUCAGAAGCGCUGACACUUUUGCAAGUGUGAAGUCAAAGUUAGACAUUUAUUUAGAAGAAGGCUUGUACAUUGAAUUAGCUUUUAGUGCUGGUGGGAGAGUUAUCGAUGCUCAUCACGCCUCUUUAGGGACGAAGACGGUAGAUAUGCUCAUUUGCGGAGCUGAUUGGUAUCGUCAUCAUUAUGGACUACACACAAAGAAAAUCAAGGUUAUUGUUUUGUUUAUGUUUAAACUAUGGACAAUUGGUGUGUAA